AUGUCGAGGUCCUUGUCUAUAUCAAAUGCUGAAAUAGCAGCACAGGAUGCAAACAAUAAAACGACUAGUGGAGCCAGAAGCGCGCUGGUUAGUUCAAGCUUCUUCAAUGGUAUGAGAGGUCAAGGAAGUAGUGGUGUGAACACGAGCUCACCAGACACCGAGCUAAAUACAAAUAUCGAUAUAGUAGGAGCUAUUAAUAACUUAAAGUUGGACGAAGAAGAUGAGCCAGAAGCGAAGCCAGAGAAGGAUGCUGGCUCAAAUCAAGUUGAGAGUGAGAACCAAUCAACAGCCGACACUAGUACCCAUGGUGCUGCUGAAGCAGCCAAUUUUGGGUUCCCCAUGUAUCCACCUCAUCCACAAAGUCCUUACUAUUUCGCUCCAUAUCAAGGUUCAGUAACACCUCAACAACAAUUGAAAAUGAACAGCGGCGCACCACCACCAGCGACUUAUGCUUCAACUUGGAAUGGCCACCCUGGUGGAUUUGACCUGAAAUUCAGUGGGGUAAAUAGCCAAGGAUAUGCCCCCGUUUCUGAUCCACCUUUAAAGAACAAUCGCGACGAAACAACUGUUCCUUUUAUAAAGCCACUUGAGCUUCCUGACUCUAAAGAGGAUGCUCAAAGUAAACAACUGACUGGACUAAGCUUGUCACAAGGCGAAACAGGAACCGCCACUGGCGAGGAGGAGAUUAAGGGAGAACAAGCAACCGACAAGAAUGAUGAUUCUGGAAAGCCCUUUGAUCCUACAUAUUCCGCUGGUGUCAUUGCUCCGCAACAUGUCAAUAUACCACCUACACCGCCGUUCAACCCUUUCUCGCCAAUGUCAAUGACUCAUCAUAAUCAUCCCAUUGGACCAGGUGUUCCCCCAGGUGUUCCUUCCCCAAUGAUGCCGUACAAUUACCCACCACCUCACCAACCGGGUCUUUCUAAUUUCCAAAAUUUCGAUAUGAAGUUGGGUCCACAUGCACCGUUGCCUCAUUCUCCAGUGCAUCCCAACACUGGACCAACUCCACCACCUGCAGCUAUACCAAGUGGUUCAGUGUGGAACUCGCAUCAACCGGGUAACGUCCCACGAGGAGCUGCACAACAGCCAACUCCUCAUGUUGGUAAUCCACCGUACCCAAUGAAUCAUCAACAAGUGCUCCCAUUGCCACAUUAUCAGCAACAACAACAACAGCACCAUCAGCAACAGCACCAGCAACAUCAUCAACCGCAUCAGCCACAUCAACGCCAACAUCAACACCAGCUUCAGCAAUUUAUGCAUCGAAUGCAAUUUCAAGGUGGGAAUGGAGGCCACUUUAUACAAAAUCAAUUCAACCGGGGACACUAUAAUCGUAGGAAUAACAAACACGCACAUCAUUACCAAAAUUAUGGAAACAAUUUCAGUGUGAAUCAAUUUGGCAAUGGUCCCAAUCAUCGUCAUCGUAAGGGAGAAGAUGUCAACAAGUAUGCAAACUCCAAGCUUGAUGAUUAUAAAGGUCAUAUAUUGGAUUUAUGCAGUGAUCAGCAUGGAUGUCGAUUUUUGCAACGUGAAUUGAGUCAAGAACAAGAAAGGAUUCUGAACGGGGAAACUGCAGAUGAGAAAACUGACGAUAAUGAAUCUGUGGCCACUUUAAUAUUCAAUGAAUUACACGAUGAAAUAGUUAAUUUAAUGUUUGAUCCUUUUGGCAACUAUUUGAUUCAAAAACUAGUUGAAUGUAUCACACCAGAACAAAGACUAGAUUUGGUCAAAAUUGCCCGUACCGAUUUCCAUCGAAUAGCUUUAGAUUCACAUGGGACUAGAGCAUUACAGAAACUAAUUGAGUGUGUUGGCAAAAGCAAAAAGGAGGAUAAAGCAAACGAGACCGAAGAGCAGAGUGCCAGCUUGAUAAUUGAAAGUUUAACACCAACUAUAGUCUCCUUAUCACGUGAUUUAAAUGGGAAUCAUGUAGUACAAAAGUGUCUCAUUAAUUUAUCAAAUGACACCAAUCAAGUGAUUUACGAUACAAUAAAGACCAAUUGUGAAGUGGUUGCAUGUCAUCGCCAUGGAUGCUGUGUUUUACAACGCUGUUUAGACUAUGGUAAUCAACAACAGAUUCAAGCAUUAAGUCAUGAAGUUACUAUAAAAGUGGACAAACUAACAUUUGACCCUUAUGGAAACUAUGUUGUGCAGUAUGUCCUAACUCAUGGUGAUGAAGCAAGUGUUGAUACGAUACUUGCCUACUUACAGGCCAAUUUCUUCCAACUAUCGACGCACAAGUUUGGCUCCAAUGUACUUGAAAAGUCACUACGAUUAGAUGGUGACAAGAGUGCCAAGUUGAUUGAUCAAUUGUUGAAGUUAUCAUCGAGCCAAUUUUUCAAAGUAUUGAAUGAUUCAUAUGGUAAUUAUGUGCUACAGACUUGUUUAGAUGUGGCACAGUUGGAUCAAAUGACUGAAUUGAGUGAAGUGUUGGUGCCAUUGUUGCCAGAUAUAAAACUGACGCCGCAUGGCAGACGAAUAGUCAAUAAACUACAGUAA